CCCCGCCCUUCUCACAGGGCGUGUCGCGUGUUUUAAUCGUCACUACCUAACAUGGGAAGUGAGCGUUGUAGUUUUUCUCUUCUCGCGCUUAUGUUCUGUAUUAGCUACCCGUCGUAGGGAAAGAACUUCAACUCCCAAACGACCUAUCAACCGAGGCUGUGACGAAAUGCCACCCCCCCUUAGCCCUGCUAUCGCCGUCUAUCACCUUCUGUUUGCUAAAUAGCUAUCAGUAGGGGAAAGUGGGUGUAAUGGAUGCCUGCGGACUCUAAACUCAGCGAUAUUACGCGCUUGGCAAAGACGUCAGCCCCCUUCAAAAACCACAACCAUGUUUGGCCGGUCACGGAGCUGGGUUGGAGGACAGGGGAGAACGAAAAACAUCCACUCCUUAGACCACCUCAAGUAUAUGUACCAUGUCCUGACCAAAAACACAACAGUGACAGACCACAACCGAAACCUGUUGGUGGAGACCAUCCGCUCCAUCACGGAGAUCCUCAUCUGGGGGGACCAGAAUGACAGCUCUGUGUUUGACUUCUUCCUGGAGAAGAACAUGUUUGCCUUCUUCCUGAACAUCCUGCGUCAGAAAUCGGGACGUUACGUGUGCGUCCAGCUCCUCCAGACUCUCAACAUACUGUUUGAGAACAUUAGUCAUGAGACGUCUUUAUAUUACCUCUUGUCGAACAACCACGUGAACUCCAUCAUCGUCCACAAGUUUGACUUCUCAGACGAGGAGAUCAUGGCCUAUUAUAUCUCCUUCCUCAAGACUCUGUCACUCAAACUCAACAACCACACUGUGCACUUCUUCUACAAUGAGCACACUAAUGACUUUGCCCUGUACACCGAGGCCAUUAAGUUUUUCAACCACCCUGAAAGCAUGGUCCGCAUCGCAGUCCGCACCAUCACACUCAACGUCUACAAAGUUUCAUUGGACAACCAGCACAUGCUGCACUACAUCCGAGAUAAGACAGCGGUCCCAUAUUUCAGCAACUUGGUGUGGUUUAUUGGCAGUCAUGUCAUCGAAUUGGACAAGUGUGUGCAGACCGAUGAAGAACAUAAAAACAGGGGAAAGUUAAGUGACCUGGUAGCUGAGCACCUUGACCACCUCCACUACCUCAACGACAUCCUCAUUAUCAACUGUGAAUUUCUAAACGACGUUCUAACGGACCACCUCCUCAACCGUCUCUUUCUGCCGCUCUAUGUGUACUCUUUGGUCAUCCCUGAGACGUCUGAGGAUCGAAAAAUCAACCCUCAGGUGUCACUUUACCUGCUGUCUCAAGUGUUCCUGAUCAUCCACUAUCAGCCGCUUGUCAACGCCCUGGCCGAGGUUAUUCUGAAUGGGGACCUGUCUGUCUUCACCCCACAGUCAGACAUUCACAGCUCAUAUAAGAACACGGCCAGUGCAGGAGGCGUGCAACGGUUCGCCAAGCCCUCAGAGUCUCUGGAGCGGUCCCUGGAGCUGUCCCGUCACCGUGGCCGCAAGAGAACCCAGAAGAGGCCAAACUACAAGAACCUGGGUGAGGAGGAGGAUGAUGAAAAAGCUGGGGGAGGCGGAGGAAGCGGCGGACAUGGAGGAGAGGAGAGCUGGGAAGACAACGGCAGAGGAGGAGAGAGGGAGAAGGGAAAAGGUACAGAGGGAGGAGGAGGUGGGAGUUCUAAGGGAAGCAGAGCGAGUGGGGAGACGGCGGAAGAGAUAGAGAUGGUGGUGAUGGAAAAGUGUAAGGUGUCGGAGCUGACGGAGCAGAACAUCACUGAUGAGGAGAAGACGGCAGCAGCCACCCGCACAUACGCACAGAGGAGCAGACCAUUCUUAGACAUGGUGUACAGUGCCCUUGACUGCAGCAACGAUGACUACCAUGCCCUGUUUGUCCUCUGCCUGCUUUAUGCUGUCUCACACAGCAAAGGUAUAAACUGCGAUCUUCUGGAGCGGCUGCAGCUGCCAGUUCCUGACCAGGAGAGGAGCUCCUACAGCCUGGUGCUGGUAGAGAGGCUUAUUAGAGUUAUGAGCCAGGCAGCGCAACCAGAUGGUAAAGUGCGUCUGGCUACAUUGGAGCUGAGUUGCCUUUUAUUAAAGCAGUCUGUGCUGUCUGGAAACCACUGUAUAAUCAAAGACGUACAACUGGCCUGUCUGGAGGGUGCAAGAGAAGAAAGUCUUCAUUUACUGCGGAGAUUUUACAAGGGAGAGGAGAUCUUUCUCGACAUGUUCGAAGAUGAAUACAGGAGCAUGACGAGUAAACCUCUCAAUGUGGAGUAUCUCAUGAUGGAUGCCUCAGUACUGCUGCCGCCCACAGGCACCCCUUUGACCGGCAUCGACUUUGUCAAGAGACUGCCAUGUGGAGACGUGGAGAAGACGCGCAGGGCGAUCCGUGUGUUCUUCAUGUUGCGGUCGUUGUCACUUCAGCUUCAGGGAGAGCCAGAGACCCAGCUGCCUCUGACCAGACCUGAAGACCUUAUCAAAACAGAUGACGUCUUAGACCUCAAUAACAGCGACCUCAUAGCCUGUAUGGUGGUCAGUAAAGAUGGCGGCCAGGCCCAGAGGUUUCUCGCUGUGGACGUGUACCAGAUGAGUCUGGUCGAGCCAGAAACCAAACGACUGGGGUGGGGUGUGGUCAAGUUUGCUGGACUCUUGCAAGACAUGCAGGUGUCUGGUGUUGAGGACGACAGCAGAGCGUUGAACAUCGUCAUCCACAAGCCCAGCUCCAACCCCCACGCCAAGCCCCUGCCCAUCCUUCAGGCCAACUUCAUCUUCGCUGACCACAUCCGCUGCAUCAUUGCCAAGCAGCGGCUGGCCAAAGGUCGUAUCCAGGCACGACGCAUGAAGAUGCAAAGGAUUGCUGCUUUGUUGGACCUGCCAGUGCAGCCCAGUGCGACAGAGGUUUUGGGUUUUGGUCAGACAGCCAGCGCUUCACCCAGCGGCCUGCCUUUCCGAUUCUACGAGCAGUCGAGACGGGCCCCCAACGACCCCACGGCAAAUAGAUCAGUCUUCGCCUCCGUGGAUAAAGUACCAGGUUUUGCGGUGGCUCACUGUGUGUCGCAGCACAGCCCCUCACCCCUCUCCUCACCCUCGCCUCCCUCCAGUGGUAGUGGAAGCACAGGAAGAUGUGACUCUGUCACUGCAAGCACCACAUCGGUUCAAAGCCCUGCAGAUGAUGGCACCUUUUUGGAGCACACAGAAGGGGAAGGCGGAGGUGGAGAAGUAACGCAAGUCUCCUCAACUCCAUCAACCCUUGUCCCGUCUCCCGCCCUGGCCCCGAGCCUCACCCCGGCCUCCCAGCCCAACAUCUCCCUCCUCACCGACAACAGUGCCGACACCCUCAGCGUGGAAUCGCUCACGCUGCUGCCCCCGGCUGGCUCACCGCACCUGCACCCAUGCGCCAGCCACAUUCCAGUGACGCACGGCCUCCAGAGACCAGGCGCCUCCAUCGCAGAAGAGGAGGAAGAUGAGGAGGAGGAGGAGGAUGAGGAUGAGGAGGAGACGGAGGUGGGCAGGAAAGGAGAGCAAAGAGAAGAGGGGGAGCUGCAAGAGGAGGAGGGGUCGCCGGUGGAUGAGACGGACGCAACGGUAAAAGAGGAAACCACGACGGACUUGGUCACACCCACUGAGGAGGCAGUGGAGGGAGGAGGCGAGCCAGAAGGUGAGGACACACAGCUAGACGUGGACAGAGACCUGCCGCAAAGAGACGACUCUGUAGAGAACACAGAAGAUGCAGGGACGUACUCUGACACACCAGACUCACCUGAACUGGAUUAAAAAACAGAGACAUUCAUAAUCAUGCACUUAAAGUCAUCUCACACACACACACACACACACAUAGAUUGCAGUGUGUUAAAAGUAUGCAGCCCGGCUGCAGUAUAUUUUCGUGUUCCGACCUGUAGGAAUUGUGUGAAGUGGAUAAUUCAGGAGGCUUUUGGAGGCAUCUCAACAUUUGUGUUUGCACAUGAAGAAAAAAUCUUUAUGCACAGAGAGAACACGAGGUCAGACGGACACUGGUCGAACUAAAGCAAGGCUCCAAGCACAUUUGGGUUUUUGUGUGCUCGGGUGUGUCCAGCGAGUGUUUUUAGCACGCGUGUGUCAAUGCACACAACCAGCAACAUUUUUUACUCAUUCUGAUCGAUUGUCUGCUCUGAGACACACUCACUCACCUUAUUUUUGUGUCUUAUGUUCAAAUAACUAGUCACCACUACUGUUUUGGUGGUCACCACUAUGCUAAUACACACACACACACACAGUCAGCUGCAUUGGCCUUUAACCACGUGUGUGUGUGUGUGUGUGUUCUUCCACGUGUAAAGUAAUGAUCCUCUAGUUUCCCAUUUUCUACUUGGUGUUUAUUCUAGAAUAUGUAUUAAAUCAUCUACAACAUCUUGAGCAAGGAGUCAGCACUUAUGAGACUUCUUUUUUUUUUUUUUUUUGCCCUGCUGGUAAAUAUUUGGAUUUUGUUUGGAUAAAGCUGCUUUUUAAUUGUGAUCACAACCAGCACUCAGAUGGUUUCCAGCACUGUAUAUGACAUUUUAGCGAACUUGGAUCCUCAGGUUGCUUGAAUGCACAUUUUAAGAUAUGCAAAAGUGAAUAUAUUAACUUUGAGCUCACUCUGGUUGGUUUUUGUUUAAACUCCCCUUACAGAUCAGCCCCUGGUUGUCAAAGAUCCCAAACACUUGCGAUAUCUUAAAUUAGGGAUUAAAUAAUGUGUGUUCACCUCUCAGCAGCCUGACGGACAGAGUGAAUGGUUUGAAAGAUCUGAAUGGAGCACGGGCUGCUGGAUGAGUGGCACAGUAUUGAUAUAUGAUGCGGAGCAGUUUACCAAGUAAGUAGUAAGUGAGUGAGUAUCAGUCCACACAUUGAUCCAUUGAUCCGUUGCCACGGGCUGAACAUGGAACAGUUCAGCCCGUGGCAACACACAUGUACUCGAAUAUCACACACUGUUUUUACUGGUUGGAAAAAAACUGAGGUGUUUCAGAUUGUUUGACAUGUUUAGAGAAAUAGAUUAAAACUUUACUUUUCUCGAUCAAAGGAAACUCUGGCAUCCACAUAGUGACGUAGUAGAACAGCGAUCUGUGAUGCAUCAACAUGAGAAACCAUGUGAAGUAACAGCCAUGUCAUCACCUCAACAACACUGUUGAAUGUACCUGCUGGUUGUCUCUCAUGCGCCGACCUGAGCUCACUUAUAAUCCUGCUCCUGUCUGGGGAUGGGUUUUAAUAGAUGAAUGCUUUCAAACACUGUUGGGGGCAUCCUCUCUCAAAUUAGAUUCAUUUAUCUUUUUCAACCAGCUGCUGGUGAGCCACUAAGAAAACUAGCAAUAUGUGGUUAAUUCCCUCUAAGAAAACUACAAAACACAAUAUUGGGAUCAUAUUUAAUUUUUUCCCUAACUGGGCCCACAGCCACAUUCAAAACCUGGAAUGAUUGAUGCAUUAACCCAAAGUUAGACCAACACACUCUUAGAGGAGCAACAUUUUUCAGUUUUGGCUGUACUGAGGUCAGCCUCCAGGGGCCAACCCUCUCCUCCUCCUCCUCCUUCGAUCAGCUGAAUGAAGCUUUACUACUGCAAUAACUUUCAGGGCUAUCCAGUGAGGGGAGAGAUGAAUGUAACCAGGUGUUAUUUCACCAAUUAGAAAUAAUUGGAGCAGUGUUAUUUAACUUAUAUGACUUGAUUUAUAAAUCUUAGGGCGGGAAAAGCACACAAACAAAAAUUGUUCAAAACAUAUUUUCUCCUCGUUCCCUCGUCUUUUUCGAUCCUCUUCUUCUCCGCCUCUGCUUUCCGGCUCACUCUUCAUUUCUGUGCUAUCGUCACAGCUGAAGUCUUAAUGCUCCAUCAGUCUUGGUUUAGUUUAGUUUUUUUUACUCUGUACAAUCAUCGACAUGUUUAUAAAUGAGAAAUUAAGAGCAAUACUCUUCUCCUUUUUUUUUGAGUUAGUCUCCUAGUGUUUCCAUCUUGCUUUUGUAAAUGGCAGAAGAAUGACAGUGGCGAUCACUGAAGAGGCUCAACUGGAACAGUUUGUAGAGAUGUUGACAUGUUGCCGUCCAGCGUGUUGCCUGCAACUGCUGGCAACCUCGACUACAACAUGCCAUGACGAGCUUCUAUUAUUAGGGUCUCUGAUUAUAGCACGUGUGUGUGUGUGUGUGUGUGUAAUAUGUUUGUAUGCUCUGUAAAUGCUUUUUGGCUUUUAAAACCUGUAAUUAUUGUUAAUGAACUAAAACAGAGGAAUAAAUAAAGAACUGCAAUAAAUUAUUCUACUUAA